ACAAGAUGGAGGAUCAGCGGAGGAGCUGCAGAUCUCAGAGACCCAGCAGGAGAAGGAGCACUGAGAGCAGCAUGGAGGAGAACAAAGAGACCCCCAGACCUCAGAACCAGAGAGGAACAGAGGGACUCAAACCGUACAGCUGUGACCUGUGUGACAAAUCCUUCAAAGGAUCUGGAGACUUAAAGCGUCAUCAGAGAGUUCAUACUGGAGAGAAACCUUACAGCUGUGACCUGUGUGGUACAACGUUUUCUCAGAGUGGUGCGCUUAAAGUCCACCAACGCAUCCAUACUGGAGAGAAACCAUACAGCUGUGACCUGUGUGGCAAAACAUUUGCUCUUAAAUGUGAUCUAAAAGUCCACCAGCGCACUCACACUGGAGAGAAACCCUACUCGUGUGAAACGUGUGGGAAAUUGUUCAGAUCAUCAAGUAACCUUAAGGAACAUGAGCGCUCUCACACCGGAGAGAAACCCUACAGCUGUGACCAAUGUGAGAAGCUUUUUUCUGUGCUAAAUAACCUAAUAUAUCACCGUCGCACUCACACUGGAGAGAAACCAUACUGGUGUGACCUGUGUGGGAAAUCCAUGAAAACCUCUGGAGAAUUAAAAGUUCACCAGAGAGUUCACACUGGAGAGAAACCGUACAGCUGUGACCUGUGUGGGAAAACAUUUCCUCGGAGUGAUACACUUAGAGUCCACCAACGCAUCCACACUAGAAAUAAAGCAUACAGCUGUGACCUGUGUGACAAAUCCUUGAAAACCUCUGGAGAAUUAAAAGUUCACCAGAGAGUUCACACUGGAGAGAAACCGUAUAGCUGUGACCUGUGUGGGAAAAUGUUUUCUCAGAGUAGUAGGCUUAGAGCUCACCGUCUCACUCACACUGGAGAGAAACACUACUGAUGUGACCAAUGUGGGAAAUAUUUCAGAACAUCCGGUAACCUUAAGAAACAUGAACGCACUCACACUGGAUAGAAUGGGGAGGCGUGUGGUGCAGUGGGUUGAGCGUUGGUGUUCGGAUCAGGGUUCAAACAGGUUCAAACCCCACUGCAGUCAGCAUGUCGUUGUGUCCCUGAGACACUUCACCCGAAAUUGCUCCUGUGGGGGUUGUCCACAGUAUUGAGUAAGUAAGUCGCUUUGGAUAAAAGCGUCUAACAAGUGACAUGUAAUGUCAUGUAAUAGAAACAGUAUACAUGUGACGAGUGAGAACAAAUGUCCUCAUGGUAGUUCCCUUAAAGUCCACCAGAGCGUUCACACUCCAUCAUGUUGAAUAUGUUUCAGAGCCAAGCUAACCUGAGAGCUGAGUUGUUAUUUUCUGAGCUUCUCUCCACAGUUGUUCCUCUCUAAUGUGUCAACAAACUGAACUCUGGCUUCAGCAAAUGUGCUUUUCUUUUCUUUUCUGUGCUGGACAUGUUUGCAAGUUAGCUCAAAUUAAGCCUUGUUUGAUUAAUUAAAUGUCAAACUUCAGAAAAGUUGUAAUAGUAAAAACAUUAGUCUUCAUGUCAGUAAUGAACUGGGGAAGUUUGUUGGUGGGAUAGGUAAGUUUGAGAAACCGGCUCGAGAUACACUUGUUGUUAUAUUCCAUGGAAUGCUCUUAACAUCCAGAUAGCAAUGAAUAUCUGAAGUGCUUUGACAAACAAUCCAUAAAAUAAUAUCAUCUGUAGAAGCCGUGGUACUGUAAAAAGCACGACCAAUCAUCUGAGCCGGCCCGGCUAAAAUAACUGGAUGGCCUACCUGCCUGUCAGCCUUCCAUCUGUGCACAAACUUAUCUCGUGCCCUCAUUGGUCAUGUGCGCGUUCGUGUGUGUUGGAGGAGGGGCUCUGUAAAGAAGUGGCAGAUUUUUUCCGGCUGUGUAUUUUCAAAUUCUAGCGA